AUGACAGACGCUGUUACGGAUAAGGACAAACUGUUGGAGCUUUUGCAGAGCAAUAGGUCUUGUAUUAGACCAUACAAGACAGCCGAUUCUCUUUUCGAUCUUUCUUCGAGCACAUCGCUCAAGGAUUCUGACCCAAUAACUGAAAUAAAGAAACUAUCACAAAUUAUAAAAGCACAUUCUACAAAGAUCGGUAUCAUUUGCCAAGAGGAUAAGUUUUAUCGGAAUCUAUCUGCUGUUUUUAACGAGUUGAAAAGCUUUAACGAUAAGAUCUUCAUGCUUCUGAGUUUAUUGCCACUGUUUCAUAAAGAUAAAGAGGAUAAAUGGGCACAAUUUUUCAUACAAACUUUGAAUUCACUCGUAAUCAACCUAUUAAACGGUAUUUCUACAUUAUAUGACGAGAUUGAUCGUUUAUUAAAUGGCACCGAUAAUGAAAAGGAUCAAAGACUUUACGCUGUUGGUCUCAUCUGGGCGGCAUGCGAUUCGCUAGAUAAUUUGGCACACAAGGGUAAUUUCCAGAUUCUAGCUGACAAUAUUCGCAACAAUUGUAGCUUAGUGGACGAUGUGAUGGAAGACAUUUCCUCAUGGCUUGAAGAUCCACAAAUGGGUAACGAUUUGUUACUUGGGGACGAGGAUGAAGAAGAUGAUGACAAUGAUGAAGACUCGUCACGGUCACAAGAUGGACAGGAAAUUCUAGAACAAAUGAAAUGUUUUCUCAAAGAUUGGGAAACAAAUUUGAAAAUGAUAAAACUGCUCCUUUCAUCUUUUGCCAAAUCUCUCAGUUCAAAUAUCUAUACUUCCAAGGAUUCGAAAGGUUCAACUUUGGACAAGUUAAAUGAUAUACAGCAUAAAGUGAUCGAACAGAUUGACGAAUUGAUUUCAGAUUUUUUAGUUUCAGAUUUGAGCUUCAAUUCUGAUGAUUUCGAAGACGACAUCGCUCAAUUGAAUGAAAGCUUGAGAAAAAUGGUUGAUACAAUAAAAAUAUUGAACAAAUCAGAUCCGAAAAAAUCAAAAUGGAUCCAAGUUUGGGAAAAUAAGUACUUUCAAGAAAAGAGUUGA